GUAGGCAGUCUUGGUCGUGGUUCCGCGCGUUCGACUCACGCGCAUCGAAUGGUUAUCGAUUUCGAAGUUUGAAUUUGUUUACGUUUUCGAAUUUGGAUUUUUUUUUGUGUUGUUUAUUUUUAAAGGCGAGAAGUGGCAACAUUUUGUGCAUCAGAUUCAGACAGUGUUGUGUACCAAAGUGAAUGACUGCUGAUUCAGUGAUUUUUUGUGUUAAAGUGUAAUAAUUUAGUUCAGUUUUGUGAACAUCGACUGGAAAAAUGCAUAGGUCGCGAUGGCCGCUCCUGUGCCUGCCGCUGCUGGUGGCAUCAGCCUACUGCAGCGACAUCCUCAUGGUCACCAUGGGCGGCACCAAGUCACACAAGAUGCCCUUCUGGGAGCUGGCGAGAGGACUUAUCAGGAGAGAUCACAACAUCACAUUCAUCAGCGCGUUCCCCGCUGACUUCCACAUCACUGGCCUUGAGGAGAUAGCUCCCGAGGGUCUGGUCACCUACGUGAGGAACUACAUGUCCUUCGACCUGGUGGGCGCCCGCAUGAGAGGCGAGGAUCAAAUGCCUGUCAAGGAUAUCCUGCGAUAUGGCUAUGAGGCUUGCGACGCAUUCCUCAGCGAUCCAGAGACGAGGUCCUUCCUCAGAUCAGGAAGGACUUUCGAUCUCGUUAUCCUAGACGGGACAUACCCCGAGUGCGCUCUGGGCAUCGUCUACAAACUCAAAGUACCCUUCAUGUACAUCAACACUGUGGGCUUCUACACCAUGCCUUUGAGCAAUUCUGGCAGCCCAGUUCCGUACUCCGUCACCCCAUUCUUUGGCAAAGGUUUUACAGACAACAUGGGCAUACUGGACCGAGCUCUUAACACUGCGUUCCACCUCGCCAUUCUACCAUUCCAUGCCUUCAGCAUGCAGAUCCUCCAAGGAGUUCUGAGAAGGAACUUUGGACAGCAUAUGCCCCAUGUAUACGAUAUGGCGAAGAAUGUCAGCUUUAUCCUACAAAAUGGACACUAUUCGGUGUCAUACCCGAGACCUUAUCUGCCGAAUGUUGCUGAAGUUGCCUGUAUUCACUGCAAGGAAGCGAAGAUUUUGGAUCCGGAAAUUGAAGAGUGGAUCUCCGGCGCUGGUGAAACAGGCUUCGUGUACGUGUCCAUGGGUUCCUCAGUGAGGACUACGAAGAUGCCUCUAACAGCCCAUCGUCUUCUAGUGGAGGCUUUGGGAAGACUACCACAGAGGGUGUUGUGGAAGCAAGAUGCGGAGCAAAACAUGACUGACAUGCCUUCGAAUAUUAGGCUGUUCAAGUGGCUUCCUCAGCAGGAUUUGCUUGGUCACCCAAAAAUCAAAGCAUUCGUCACUCACGGAGGUCUUCUCAGCAUGUUCGAGACAGUAUACCAUGGAGUUCCAAUCGUCACCAUCCCCAUCUUCUGUGACCACGACUCGAAUGCUGCCAAGGCAGAAAUAGACGGUUAUGCCAAGAAACUGGACCUACAACACUUAACCCCUGAGAAACUGUACAAAGCUAUACUAGAAGUUAUCACAGAACCCAGAUAUAAAAUAGAAGUAAAGAAAAGGCAAGUUCUUCUAAGAGACCAGAAAGAAACUCCUUUAGAAAGAGCCAUCUAUUGGACGGAAUAUGUAAUUAGGCAUAAAGGUGCCUACCAUUUGCAAUCCCCAGCAAAGGACAUGUCCUUCUUCACUUAUUACUCUUUGGACGUUUUUCUACUUCUCAUUUCAGUUCUAAUAACAGUCUAUGCGCUUGUUUCGUACGCUUUAAGGUUAGGUUUCAACAGAUUAGUAAAUUAUGUACAGAAUCGACAGAUGCACAAAUUGUUGGGCAAAUCAAAUGAUUUGCUGUCAAGUUCAAAGUUGUUAACUCAGGCUGCGAUGGCGAAAAAGAAAUUGUAACUUACAAAUUAAGUUAUUUUUUAAUUGUAGGUAGAUGUUAAUGUUGAUAAGAGAGAAAAGAUGGAAUUUAAUGAGAUUGUUAAAAAUAAGUUUUCGUGAUGUUGACAAGUUUUUUAAGGAUUGAAAGUAUGUGAUCGGUAUCAACAUUACUUUAAUGAUGAAAUAAGUAUGUAAAUAUAAAAGUGAUAUUAAAUUUAGUCUUAGUUCCCAGUUAUAUUUAAGAAUAUUUGGGUUGAAAGACAAAAAGUAAGAUAGAAAUAUAUGAGAUAUAUUAAGUUAAGAGAAGAUGACUGUUUUUGUAAAAGUACAUAUAUAUUUUUUGAUCGGCUGUUUUUAUUCAUAUAGAUUGUAUUUUUUUCGUUUUUACAUAAAUAUUUAUUUUCGACAAGUAUGACAAGUUAAUGAUCUGCAAAGUUUUUUUUUCUAAACAAAAAAGCUUUUAGCAGAUAAGGCGGGUUUUCGAGGAAAGACAAUUUUUUGUUUUAUUUUCUCAAAAAUAUUCCUCCUUUUAUAGAGUUACCAAUCAAAGUUACCACUAAUUAAGUAUAAUUUGUGUAUACAUUGUAAAUAUGCUUAGAGUAAGAUUAUUGCACUUAAUAUUUUGU